GCCAGCUAUGAUCAAGUGUACGCUUGUCGGUGUGACAAUUUAAAAAAAUAGUGACCUACAGCAUUUGUGACGUGAAGUGGAUGAAAACCCUAAAUUGUUUUGUGACUUGUGAAAGUGUCUGUGCAUUACUUGGGUUUUUUGUACCGUUUUCGCGAUAUGAACAUUAAAACGAAACGGAGGGACGUAAAAUGCAGUUAGAAGUAUCGGCCGGAGGAAGAACGAUGAAUGUACACAGGCUUUAGUGACGCUGUGAUAGUACAGAAAUAAAAAUGUCGGUAAAUGCUAGCGUGGGCUAAAAAAGAUAAAAUGGGAAGCAAAGGUCUCGGCGGUGAGGUGGUCGGCUUUUUACUGGCAGUGGCGUUUUGUGUCACUUGUCCCGAAUACGUGUCAUCAGCACAACGGGAGCUGGGGAAGGGAAACACAUCAGCCACCGCCCCGCCGGCCGCGGACAACGCGAUACGGCCCGGGGGUUCCUUAGAGUCUCCCAGGCCGACGCCCCGGACCGGUCCUUACUUCGACCUGGCAGCUUCGAAGAAUGUUACGGCGCUGCUAGGCAAGACCGCCUACCUGAACUGCCGAGUUAAGAACCUGGGAAAUAAAACGCUUAACAUGCAAGUGUCGUGGGUGAGGCACCGCGACAUCCAUCUGUUAACCGUCGGCAGAUACACUUACACGAGCGACCAGCGGUUUCGAGCUAUCCACCUUCCACACUCUGAAGACUGGACAUUACAGAUAAAGUAUCCACAACACAGGGACUCGGGUAUUUACGAGUGCCAGAUAUCAACGACUCCACACAUGAGUCACUUUAUACAUUUAAAUGUUGUGGAACCUACAACAGAGAUAAUUGGCGGACCCGAGCUAUACAUCGAUCGAGGGAGCACUAUAAACUUAACGUGUGUGGUGCUGUACUCCCCCGAACCACCAGCGUAUAUUUUCUGGAACCAUAAUGAUGCGAUAAUCAGCUACGAUUCGCCGCGAGGUGGCGUCUCAGUGGUGACGGAGAAGGGCGAGACGACUACAUCGUUCCUCCUGAUCCAGCAGGCGAGGCCCUCGGAUUCUGGCACCUACCAGUGCAACCCGAGCAACGCGCAGUCAAAGAGCGUUGUCGUUCAUGUCCUUAAUGAAGCAAACUCGAUCUUUCCCCUCUCAGGUGAGUAUCCAGCCGCGAUGCAAAGAGGCGGGAGGAGCUUUUCGCCGCGCACGCACUGCGCCCUGCUCGCUGCGGCCCUCCUGCUCGCGGUCUCUUGACAAAUACUGAUCGAACAUUUGUAAAUAGUUUUAUCUUAAUCUGAUUGUAUUGGCCUUUGUGGAUCCUGAACAUUGUAAUUUGCUGGCUAGGUUGAGUUGUAAGUUAUCUUACAUAAAAUACGGUCAAUUGUUGUUAUGUUACUGUUUAAUUGCGUUGAAGAAAAAAGAAAAGUCUAGAAUAUUCAUGUAAGUUUUAUUUAUAAAAAAACACCCUGAAAAAUAUAGCGUGAUUGUAAAAUGUAAAAAUUGAGCCAUUACAGAUAUUGGAUCGUUAAAAAGCAAUUAUAAUCAUUUUGCUGUAGAAAUAAAUAUAAUAUGUGUAUCCAUUAAACUCAAGUUUAAUGGGUAGAAAUUCCUUAAUGAACAUGGUCACUACAUAUUGGUUAUAAUAAACGUGUAUUUACACGAUAAGCUACUUUUACUUAUAUCCUUUUAUACAUUGUUAUACACAAAUCUAGAUAUAUGUAAAAAAAAUUAUGUCUAUAAUAAAAACGUUUUAAAUGAUGUAAUGAAAACUUAAAAACUAAUAGAUUAUACCAUCCAUGGAAUAUUUUGAAUAAUUACAAACGAAUUUUUCACGAAAAUAAUGAUCAGUGGAUAUUGCAACUUGAAUUUCAUUUAGACUUCACUUUUAUAAAAAAUCGAAUUAACCUAUAUUAUGAAUUUUAAUGCGAAUUUUCGUAGCGCCUUUUGUAUCCCAAUUAUGACUGUAAAAUUAAUACGUUUUUGAUUCACAAAGGCCGAUGUAAGCAGUAAUGUUUUUUGCUAUUUUAUAUAAUAUAGUGUGGGUUGUGUUAUGUACUAUAUAAUUAAAUCCCUGAGCAAGUAGCUAUCGUGCUUGUUACAUAGAACUGUAUAUAAUCUACUCUAAGUCUUUGGUACUGGUAUAAUUCAUUUUUCCGCGUUCAAAUGUAUUUUCAGUAUUGGCUAUAGUAUUUUGAUGAUACCGUAUGCCCUAACAUGCGUAGUAACGUGAUUUUGCAGUCAUUAGUCGAGAAUUCCUGGGUUUGAUCUUUUGUUAUCAUCAUACAGAUUCAAUUGCUGGUGAAGAAAAAUAUGUCCUCACAACAUAUUGUGAAAAAUGCAUCUACAUUCAUAUAAUAUAUAAAAAAAAAAAAAAAAAUAUAAUUGUCAUUCAAUUGGAAGAAACAAUUUUAUUGUCUGCCUUAUUAAAACUAAAAUACUCUUGCGUCGUUUUCUUAAAAAAAACCGUACUAUAUGGAAAUUGAUCCAUAUUUGGGCCUUUCGUAUGAAUACACAUGAUUUGGUCCCCUUUCGAUGUAAUAUAACAUAAGUUACACAUAUUCAAAUAGAUAAGUGUUUCGUUUCUACGAAUUACGCGUAGAUAAUUCACCACAACAUAAUAAAAUAUAUUUUUAUUUAAAAGA